UAUUUCGUGGAGGAAUGAUCUGGAGGAGAGCGGCACUGAGCCGGUUUACACAUUUCACACUCACCGCGAGCUCUCUUCACCGCCACUGAAAGCCGCCCGAGAGGGAAAAAAACACCAUGAAUAUCUUUCGGCUGACCGGGGAUCUGUCUCAUCUUGCCGCCAUCAUCAUCCUGCUGCUCAAGAUAUGGAAAAGCAGGUCCUGCGCAGGUAUCUCUGGGAAGAGUCAGAUACUCUUCGCCUUGGUGUUUACCACAAGAUACCUGGAUCUCCUGACGUCCUUUAUUUCUCUUUAUAACACUUGCAUGAAGGUCAUCUACAUUGGAUGUGCCUAUGCCACAGUCUACCUGAUCUAUGCAAAGUUCAGGGCAACCUAUGAUGGGAACCACGACACUUUCAGAGCAGAGUUUCUGGUGGUUCCAGUGGGAGGUCUUGCCUUUUUGGUCAACCAUGACUUCUCUCCACUGGAGAUUCUGUGGACUUUCUCCAUCUACCUGGAGUCGGUGGCCAUCCUGCCUCAGCUCUUCAUGAUCAGUAAGACCGGCGAGGCCGAGACCAUCACAACCCACUAUCUGUUCUGCCUGGGGGUUUAUCGCGCCCUCUACCUCUUCAACUGGAUCUGGAGGUUCUACUUUGAGGGCUUCUUUGACAUGAUUGCCAUCGUGGCUGGAGUCGUCCAGACGAUUCUCUAUUGUGACUUCUUCUACCUUUACGUCACAAAAGUGCUGAAAGGAAAGAAGCUGAGUCUACCAGCCUAAAGUGCCAAAGAACAGCGAGCUGUGUCUCAAUCAGACUUAUAGAGGGGGCAGAAACCAAUGAUGCCACUGCAAGAUGCCCAAGACAAAGAACGCAGAACAACAUGCCACAUUUAUUUCUCUCCGCCUGGACACCAACUAUCCCCAUACAGAAACCAGGACGUUUUCGAAAACUUUUCUUCUGUCUUUAAGCAUCUUGCAAUACAUCUUUUUUUAUUGCUUUCAAAAUGAGAAAAAAAAGAAGAAAUCUUUUCUAUAUGCAAGGUGUAAUGAAAUAUUGAACGGUGUAUUGUACACAUUAACUCCUGUUAAAUGCGCCAUUUGUAAAUUUUUCCAUGAUCGGUUCCCAGAGUGUCGAAAAAGUUUGUGGUUCGGGGGGGAAAUGAAGUGCGUAUGUUCAAUACUUCAAAUAAUUAUAUCUCAGUCUUUCUUUUAACUUUUUUUUUUCUUUUCCCCUUAGCUUCAAUGAGAGGUUUGGCUGCCACUUUAUGCAGUCAGAUUAGUCUAAAAAAUAAUUUAUUUACAAAAAAGAAUUGAUACAUGCACAGCACAAUUCACAUUUACAAAAUCCAAUUUAUUAGUUCUAAACACGAUUCAAAAAUACACAAAUCCAAUUUGACAUGAUUCAGAAAUGCACAAAUCCAAUUCGCUAAUUUAAAACACGAUUCAAAAUUUAACAAAUCCAUAUCGUAAAUUAAAAACAAUUCAGAAAUAUACAAAUCCAAUUCGACAUAAUUCAAAAAUACACAUCCAAUUUGUAAAUUCAAAACACGAUUCAUAAAUACACAAAUACAAUUAGUCAAUUCAAAACAUGAUUCAUAAUUUACAAAUCUAUUUGGCCAAAAUAUUUAUGAGUUUUACUUGUGAAUUCACAAAUUGUGUGUUGUAUUUAUUUGUAUUUACAAAUUGGAUUUUGUAUGUGUGAAUUGUGCUGUGCAUGUAUGAAUCCUAUUGCGUAAAUGUAUUAUUUUUGAGACUGAUCUAGCUCCAUACCAUUUUGUUUAAAAAAAAAAAGUCCUUGUCAUCACAUAAAUGCCUUAUUUUAUUUCAGUUUCUGUACAGAACUACUUGUGUCAAAGCCCCCGUGAUAAGAGUUGUAAAUAAGAGGAACAAUCCAGCACAUUUCUCCUUGUGUGACCCACCUUUAUUAAUAACAUGCUAUUAUUAUUAUUAUAGUAAGGUUGUUUAAAUAUUCGGUUAUUACCUGCAGACAUCAGCUUGUUAAAAUGCAGUAAUUUAUAUAUGGUAUAAGAACAUUAAAUCUAGUGGUGUGGAAACUGUCAAAGCACAUUUUGAAGUGAACAUGAGUUUUGUAGCGUAGUUUUCAUUUAAUUUUUUUUUUUUUUUUUUUUACGCACUACAAUUUUUCUUUUAAUUUCAGCAUCCCCAAUGUUAUCCCCUCUCGAGUCAUUCCUGUAGGGUUUACAGUUAUUUUUCUAGUUUUUACAUGUCUCCCAAUAAAUAUUUUAAGGGACACUA